AUCUCAGCGGCUACUGUCUCUUUAAGAGUCCAGAGCUCGCUCUCAAUGAACGCCGAGCAGUCAGAUGCACGUUUCUCUCUUUUUGUGUUUAUUGUAAUGCGUGUGUGUCAAUAGGAGGUGGAUCUGGCGCACCGGGAGGCCGUUCCAGCUUCCGCGCGAGCAAUUGGCUGCUCGUGAACUUUGUUUGUCUGUGCGCCCCGGUCACGCACGCCACGCACUCGAGAUGUCUCGUGCUCUUUGGGAUCACCGGUGCGCUCGCGACCUCGCGGAAGAUUAGCGAGAUCAUCCACACACUCGGUCCGCAACGCGCAGCUCAGAAUCGAACCAGAGAGAGAUUAACGGUAACCGGAGAGAUGACGGAGAAGCGGAUGUCGCGCUGGUACUUCGGUGGGAUCGCGUCGUGCGGAGCCGCCUGCUGCACGCACCCGCUGGACCUGGUCAAGGUGCACCUGCAGACGCAGCAGGAGGUGAAGAUGAGGAUGGUUGGCAUGGCGAUGCACGUGGUGAAGAACGACGGUGUGCUGGCGCUCUAUAACGGCCUCAGCGCCUCCCUCUGCAGACAGAUGUCGUAUUCUCUCACCAGGUUUGCCAUCUAUGAGACGGUCAGAGACAUGAUGGGCAGCGGCGGUCAGGGACCCAUGCCCUUCUAUCAGAAGGUCCUGCUGGGCGCGUUUGGAGGCUUCACCGGCGGCUUCAUCGGGACUCCAGCGGAUAUGGUUAACGUUCGGAUGCAGAACGAUAUGAAGCUUCCUGCAGAGCAGAGGAGAAACUAUAAACACGCGCUGGACGGACUCUUCCGGGUCUGGCGGGAAGAGGGAACCAGGAAGUUGUUCUCAGGAGCCACUAUGGCGUCCAGCAGAGGAGCCCUGGUCACUGUCGGACAGCUGGCGUGUUAUGAUCAGGCCAAGCAGCUGGUGUUGGGCACAGGACUCAUGGGAGAUAAUAUACUCACACACUUCCUGUCCAGCUUCAUCGCUGGAGGUUGUGCGACGUUCCUCUGCCAGCCGCUGGAUGUAAUAAAGACGAGAUUAAUGAACUCUAAAGGAGAAUACAGAGGUGUGAUUCACUGCCUGACUGAAACUGCCAAACUGGGACCCUUAGCCUUCUACAAGGGUUUAGUUCCGGCCGGGAUCCGCUUGAUUCCUCACACGGUCCUGACCUUCGUCUUCCUGGAGCAGCUGAGGAAAUACUUCGGCAUCCGCGUGGUCAGCUGAACUUUGACUUCUUGACCCUUUCCCUUUGGCCUCCUCUUGAAGCUGCUCUCACUUCCACAAUAUUAUUUCUGGAAAAUCUCACAUUACACAGUCAUAACCAACUCCACAAUGCAGCCGAACCAACAUAACGAAAGAUGAUUCCUCACUAUCCGAGUGCCAACCCGUCAUAACGCUCAUCUGACAGGAGAGCGGGAUCUUCUGGGAAUAAACGACUGUACGCUCAUCUCUUCAGGGUGAGCUUUAGCUUAUAGAUGUUAUCUAUCAGGAUAGAUAUGGUUUCUUUUGAUGAUUCUGAUUUUAUUUUAUUUUUUAUGCUGUUCUUAAAUCCUUCUUCUUUUGCAACGUGAUGAGACGUUUUAAAGGAAGAGUUCAGUCAUUAUAUCAUAACUUACUCACCUGUAUGUUGUUCCAAACCUGUACAAUGUUCUUUAUGCUGAACAUCUGUUUUGUUUUCCUCUGAACAGUUACUCUUUUUCCAUUUAUUAAAUUGUUUUGUUAGGGUGAGUAAAAUUGACAGAAUUUUCAUUUUCGCUGAACCGUUCCUUUAAGACACAAACAAAACGGUCCAUAUUGGUUUUUAAACAGUUGCAUUCAGUCUGUAUGUAUUGUGCUAAACUGUUUUAAUGGUAGAAAUUCUGUAUUUUCGACUGUUUGCUGGGUUCGAUUGACAAAAUGGUCAGGGGUCACAGAAAAGCUAUGAGGGGACAGAAUUAAAGUUUUACUUGGAAAUAACCAAAUUCUGAAGCAUCACAGAAGAAAAUAAAACCAGAAACAACUGACUGAUGGGGACCCAGCUGUGUAUCUUCAAUGUGAAAGACGAGUCACACUUCUGCACUUCAGUUUUCAUUAUAUUCCUGUUCGUUUUGUAAUAUUUCUGCUGGAAAACUUACGAUCGGCACGGAUCUGUGACUGAAAUAUUGUAAGAUCUACUGUAGUUUCUGCAAAUGUGCAUGUAGUUGUUUUAGUGUUGAGGUAAUGGGGGCGUUUAGUGAAAAAGUUGCACAAAAUACUUGUAGUAAUUCAGUUUUGUGCUUUGGUCCCGAGGAUAUCUGGACUUAUCCUAAACUAAGCGUAUAAUAACGCAACAAUUAUCUCAAAUUUACUUUAAACUUAAUAUUUUAGAUUACGUUGGUAUAUGGCCAUAUUGGUAUAUGCUUAAAAACAGGCUUUUUAAAUGAUUUUACACUAAGAAUGAACACUGGAGAAGCCUUAUCUAUUGGUGUCCAGCAGAGCCGCUUGUGUGCAUCGAGGGUUUGCAAGCGAGUUUAUGUGGGUGCUAUAACAGUUAGUUUGCUUGUUUGUUUUUCUAAAAAAUUAUUUGUAAUUUAGGGUUUGAAAAUGGAGGGUUGAAUUGGGUGAAAUUAAGCUGCUCUCUAUCUUGAGAAAAAUGCCAAUAUGCAAACUAAUGCAAUUUUGUCUCAUCAGAACGCGGUAUUUUGUCUGAAAUGAAAAUGUAUGGAAAUAAAUGUACUAACACAAGAA